GGUACUUACAGUACUUGCUCGGUCGUUUCUCCUGUUUAUUUGUAUUAUUUGUGUAAUAUUUUAAUUUUUUAUAUUGUUUGACAUGUACAUAAAUAAAAAGUUUAUAUAAAUCCGUUGUGCAGUGAAAUGACAGCAAAAAAUAGAUAAAUAUUGUUGUUAGCAUAUUGUGUACAUACAUAAAUGCGUCAUUGAGUGCAUGCAUAAAACUUCGAAACCUCGCUGACAAAACUAAUUCAAUUCAAGUAUUACAGGACUGUCCGUGCGUCAAUGAUGCUCAUUUAAAUUUAAAAUAAUGUAAUUUGUUAACCAUGCGAUACAAUAAGCAAGAGUUGGCUGCUCUAGCGUCACAGACUUGUAAUAAAUUCGAUCGGGAAGGUGUACUCGUCUUGAGAGAGAGACAGGACGGAUUUUUUCGCAGAUCUGAAGGAAGUUCGGUAAGAUGGUUUCGUAUGAGAGGAAACCUACUUUUUUAUUUGAAAGGGCCAGAGCCAUGGUACGAGCCCAUGGGGGUCAUAGUGUUAGGACUCCAUCAAGUUAAAGUACAGCAACAGGAUGAGAACGGGCAAUGGCCAUUUCAUAUAGAGUGGGAAAAUGGAAUAUCGUACAGAUUGGCCACAUUCAACGAGAGUGAUCGCACGAUGUGGCUCAAAGCAAUACAAAUGGCGUCCUACGACAAAAUAAAGGCACAGGUAGCAGAUCUGAAGGAAAGACUGAACAAAAUCAGGCCUGUUUUGGAUGUAGCAAGUUAUAGAAUGCAGAAAGGAAUUGUUAUAGAUAUGAAUGAAGUACCGCUGUGCGAAUUGGCGUUGUCAUGUGACAACUUGCUGUGCGACGCGUACGGGCGCCCCCCCUCCCCUCUUAUUGUGGUGUUCGUCAAGUUCAAGGGGCUGUGUGUGCGGUAUGGCGCCACGGAGGUGGUCGAGACAUGCAGCAACCCGUCUUUCUCGAAGACAAUACUAUUUCGGGCGAGCGACGGUCUUACGGGCGAGGCUCAGGUCAGGAUCGUGGUGUACGACGUGAAGGAACUGGUCUCCGAGACCAUGGUGCCCAUGGGGUUCACAGCGUUGCAACUUAGUACUAUACAGGAGGCUCAGAGACUACGAGUGGCCCUCCAGACGAGGGAGAACAGGACUAUUGGUUUCGUGACCGUCAACGGUUGGAGCCUGGAGCCUUCCUAUAUCGGCACCUCACCCAGCCACUCCAACGACAAGAACAGCAUUGAGAUACCACAGAAGGUGCUCUGCCACCGGCGGUCGCAGUCCCUGCCCCCCAGACUGGGGCUCAAGCUGAAGUUUCCCUCGUACGGGACGCUGCUGAAGCAGAACUUCCUGAACAGCCACCAGGUGACGUACAGGUUCCACUCGGGCCUGGGCGGGGACAUCACGGUGCACGAGAUCAUGGCGGAACCGAAACUGUGUUAUACUAUGCCGAUGCAGCUGUUGGACAUAUACAUCCUCCGCGAGAAGGAGCUGCUGGAGGAGCUCCUGUCAGUCGGCGAGAUGUGCAACCAGUGGCACUCCAGGCAGCUGGAGCUGGUGAGCGUCCACGUGGCGCUGCUGAGGCACUACUGCCACUCCAAGCUGUGCAUGCAGCAGGUGGACAGUGCGCACUUCAAGGCCAGCAGUAGGAAAGAGGAAGCGAGUCUAGAGUUCGCGCCCAUAAAUCUGCACCUCCAACGGCUCUGGGUUCACAACGACACGCUGAACAAGACCGGUUUCCACGACGUCAUAACCGCCGGGGCAUUCGCUGCGCACACGCACAAAUCUGAGAGGACCGGGGGUCUUAUAACCCUGGUGCAGCAAGUGAAGGAUGGUCACAGCGCAGCGGAUUCUGCUCGCAACAAGAUCGAGGCGGAGUAUGAGAACGUGGUGGCCGUCAGACGACUCCGGGACGAGGUCAGCGUGGACCUGGACAACGUGCUGAUGAUGCUGCUGGCCAAGCAGACGUGUUUGGCGCCGGUCCUUGAAGGUCUAAAGAGCAAAGUUAAAAGUCUCCUCGCGUUGUUUGAACCAACCGCCAUUGAAGAGUCACUGUCCUUCAUUGGUUGGCCGGAAAAUAAUUAUGCUGAUAACAACGAAACACAGGCCAUGUCCACAAUCGUCCGCCUCACAGAGCUAUACUCGAUGUUCGACACCAUGAGCUCAGACUGCGACACCCUGGACGCUUCGUCCAGCUCCAGCUCCAAGGAAACCUCCCCUACCGUUGACUUCCCCAACUUAUCAUCGAGCGUGCCCAACAUAUUCGCCAACCAACAGGCGAAUCAGAAAGACAUAACAGAAUUGCAAUUCUACAACAACUACUUCAAAUCCGAGAAGAAGGAACGGAGCAAUUUGAAUCUGUCGUUCAGAUCCGUUCGGUCGCUGGCGAAGCCCAAACUGAAUGAUACGCAGAGUUUGUCUUUUGAUAACAAUAAGACAAGGCAUGGCAGUUUGAGGAGCGAUUUCAAGUCUUCCGCGUCGCUGGAGCAAGUGUCUUAUAGGAGUUUGAUGAAUAGCAUCGCGGGGAAUGAUAAGAAAAAGGGCAGCGACCGACGGGACUCCACCGGGUUCCCAGCGACCCAGCUAGACCCUGCUGCGAGGGACAUGCACCUGUCUUACCUGACCAAUAUCAGCAGCAACGUUGAUGAAGCCUUGGUAGCAGUAGCCAAAGGUUCAGCUGAAGCAGUCUGCUGUCUCCAUGACGCAACCGCGUUGGAUGAGAAAAUCGAGCAGCUCAAAGGUUACAUGGAGUCGUUGAAGUGGAGCAGCGGCGAGGUGGCGCGCUGGCUGCGCAUCUCGCACGCGGCGCUGCGCCUGCGCUGCGAGGCCGCCGGCUGGGCCCGAGACAGGGCCGCGCUCCAAAUGAGGAGGGACACGUGUUUUUCGCAGGCGCUGACCACAGUUACAACUGGUCUACUUUGCUGGCUGUGUUCCGUCCCCAGCGACAUAGUGGUUAAAGUGCUCAGCAGCGGUCUCGGGCCGCUGUGCGAGUUCGAGGGCCUCCUCAGCCUGUACUCCCGGGAGAAGGCCAUGUGGGGGGACAUGGUGGUGGCCGUGGAAGACCUGCAGAAUGUCGUAUUUAAGCUCACCAAAGUCGGGCAUAGCAACAUGGCGGUACCCCAGCUGAAUGGUACCCGGGGCGCUCUCACCGUGUACAUUCCCGUGUCAGACUCAUUGUUUUCCAAGUUCACUUGUAAAGAGCACCUAUCGUUCACGAUAACCGCCGUGUUUUUCAACAUCGGCAUCAACUGCAAGGCUCGGUUGGCCGAAGCGCUGGGCGAGACGGUGCCGCAGUACCACUCCAACGCGGACAACCUCCGCCGACUGUGCAAGUACCACCACGAGUACACCAAGCUGGCCACGGAGGACCACCACACGAGAGCUUCCUCGCGAACCAAACCUCUGGAGGAGGUUAUGGAGAACUUGAGGAUAGCCGUGCACAAGAAGGUGCCGAUGAACGUGGAAGUCCUCCACUUGGCGUCUCUGGCCACCAGGCUUAUGAAUGGUAUAAGAUUCACCUCGUGCAAAAGCGCCAAAGACCGCACGGGCAUGUCAGUGACCCUGGAGCAAUGCUCGAUCCUGGCGUCGGAGUACCACUUGGCCGAGCACGAGUUCCAAAAGGCACUCAACAUCAUGCGUAGUGAGGGCUGUCGCCGCGAGAACACGCACAAAAACAUCGGCAUUCGAAAGUACGCCUUCACGAAGAAGCAAGUCAUGGCGCUCCCCCCGGAAUAUAGGCCUCCAGCGGGCACUUACGGCGCUUCCUCCACUUAGAACAUGAUCAUUAGGUCUUUAGACCAUAUGCAAGGAGAUUUACUGGAAGCAAGAUUAACUAAGAAACAGUUUAUAGCACUCCCGAAGGAAUACAGGCCUGACUCUCAACUUUGAUAAAAAAUCUCAUAUAAGUCUCAGACGGGAUAUAUUUACCGUGAAAUUAUUCUGUAGUCGUAAAUUGAAAUAUUACAUCUCUCUUUCUAAUUGGUUUGUUUUUAAAUGGAUAGAACAAUUCGAGUUUACUUUUUAUUUCUUAUUUUUUUAGAUCAUGUUUUUUUUUUUUCGGAUUAUAUUUCUGUGGUCACUAAAGAACGCUUUAGUGACUAGAGACAUUUUCUCUUAAUUUUUAUUUGUGAAAAGCAUUAAAAUUACCUACUUUUUUGUCUGCUUUCGCUAGAAGGAGUUAUUUUUGGUGAUUUAAAAGCUUUAUAUUUAUAUUUUUCUUUUGGAAAAGGUAUUUUUAUGUUUAGAAGGAACAGUCUAGUCGAAAAUAUUUUAAAUCUAGCUGUUCGAGGGUAUAAAAUAAAAAAAUAUGAUGAUUUAAGUAAAGCCGGCAGAAUAUAAAACAGAUUUACUGUGCGGAUGUCAUAUAAGAGGUGGGAUAACCCAACGAUUGUUUUCCUUAUAUCGACUUAUACGACAUUCUCGCGAAAAUGAACUAUCCUAUUAGUCUACAUGGCAUGUAUGAUAAAUCGUCAUAAAAAGGAAGUAUUUGCCGCCGGCAUUUACAUUAUAUGUAAAUAUUGUAAUGAAUCAUGUUACAUAUUGUGUCAAUAUAGUUUAGGAUUAAGCCGAGUUAUCCAUUUACAUUCACAAGACGUACGUUUUAUCUUAUCUCUCUUUCGUACUCUGAGGUAAAUGGAAAAGAUGAAAAGAGAAAGAAUAUAAGACUGUCUGCCUUGUCAACUUGGUAAAUAGAACCGUAAUAGGUACGGAUAUAUGAGGUAUGCCUUGAGAACAGUAGGCCAAAACUUUAAAACAGCGUAAUUUAUUUCUUAUAAAUCAAUGUGCCACUAAUUUUGAAUGAUAUAUCGACCCAUUUAACUUAUAUGUUGAUGUGAACGUGGGUUUAUUUUUAGUUUCUGUUAACUGAAGUUUGAAAGUAUAAAAUUUGUACUUAUUUACUGUUUACCUGAUUUAUGAAUCAAUUUAAAAUACUUACUUUUUUUUAAUAUUAGAAGUAAUUUUUUGUGUUUUCUUAUUUUGUUAUCUUAACAACGAAAAUUACUUAACGUGAAGAUACUUAAAAUCGUUUAUUAUUUAAAUUUAAUUUAAUUUAUUGUGAUAAUAAAUAAAAUUUCACACUUAUAUAUUAAAAUUUUAAGUUUUCGCCUACUUAUUAGAAUAAAAAAAUAAUUGUCAGUAGAAUUUAUCUACGUAGCGUAGUAGUAAUAAAUCGAGCCAUUCAUGGCAACACUUGGAAAAUAUACUGAGUAAAAAAAAAUAGAAUAAAUAUUUUGUGUAAAAAUUACUGAAACAAAAUAAGUGUUCUCAUGAAUUAAAUUUGAGACGUAUUCCUUAAUUAUUUCUCAAAAAUUAUGAUUGCACUAAUUUGGGAGCACUGGUUAUACAAAUAUUUUAUGUCAGGAUAAUUGAUAUCUUAGACCAAAAUCUUCCAAUGUAGUUGCCAAGUUAUGAGAUAAGUACUUAAUAUAUUCCUAUAUAUAUAUUAUAUUUUCCAUAUCCUAGUUGAUAAUGUGAUUGUGGAAAAGAGACUGUAAGGAUGCAUUUGAAAUGUCUACAAAAACUUCUUGAAUUAUUAUCUUUAUAGUCUUAAAUGAAUUGACGGAAUCUGAUGGAUAAAUAUUACUUCAAAAGUUAGUUUCAAAUUGUCUUUAUACAAGUGAUUUAUAUUAUUCAUUACUACUUACUACAAAUUCAUCAAUUAAAUUAAUUAGAUCAAUUUACAUAAAUAAAUCACACAAUUCUUUAAUAAUUUGACACGAUUCAAAACUACGUGGUCUAUUAAGUGGGUGUUUUCUGAAAUAAUUCGCACUAAAACAAACAUAUUUGCUAGUUUAACUGACAGCCAUUUUGCCUAAUCUCCUAAGCAAAAUGGCCGUUCUUAAGAUUUUCCUAAUUCCUUCAAUAGAUUCUUAAAAUUACAGAAUAUUAAUAAACUUUUGAAAAAUCAUACUGUGAUUGACGAGUGUAGCGGAACAUAGCCUUAAAUUGAAUUUGUAAUAGUUAUUAUAGAAUCCGAUAGAUAUAGAUUUAAUUACUGGUGCCAAAGUGAACACAUUGCGCUGUUCAGAAAUUUACCAUUAAUUGAAUUGUUUUUCUUUUGGUAUUUUUAAUUUAAACCUUGAGGAAAUAACGGACGCAAUUAAUAAUUAAAUCAAAUUAAAAUCUCAAAAAUAAAUAUGUAUUAAGUCUACAUAUAAAGAUGAUGAAAACAAACGAAAUAACGAAAAUUGAUAUAACGAAACCGCCGAGCUUGCAUGAGAGUUAUGAAUGUGGAUGAAGCGAAGGAAGUGUGCAGAGAUCGUGGCAAGUGGAAAGAUGUAGUAUCUGCCUACCCCUCCGGGAAAGAGGCGUGAUUUCAUGUAAGAUUGAUUUCAUAUGUGGAUGACGCAAAUGAAGGAUGCAAGGUUUGUAGCGAGUUAACUAUUUGUUUUGGAAAUUUAAAAUACCAAUUCACUGAACUUAAUCUUUUACACUAUGAGUUCAUUUAUUUUUGAAAUUGUAUAUCUUGAUUAUGUCUGUAGUAACCUCUCGGCGCAAGCCCAGGGAGACAAUUAGUUGCCCUGAUUUCUUAAUUACCGCAUAAAAACUAUUUAUAUCAUUAAAUAAUAAUCGACACUUUAAACAUUUACCGCACAAUAUUGUGUCAAAUACAGACUUAAAUAUUUUUAGUCUCAUAUUGUACUUAAUCUGUAUAGAAUAAUUGUAUUGUAGUUGUUUGUAUACUAUUAAAACUAAUUAUCUAUCAUUAAUUACAAGGUUUAGCGAUCUGUGUACAUUAUUUAUUUAGAUGUGAUUUUAGUAGACUUUUUUUAGACUUUAUUAUACUUUUUUUAUCUGAUUCUUUAAUAAGACUAGCUUUUUAAUAUGAAAUUCAUAUUCUAGGCAGUUCAACAAUAGAAAAAGGCCUUUUUCUACUUAUGUACAGUGAGACACAUAGAAAAGUAGAUGCACAACCUACUUAGAUAUAUAAGAGAUGCACCAAAUUUUCUAUUUGCCCCACUGUACACUUUCAAUAAUAUAUACUUACGUUAUAUAGACUGAUUCGUUCCCACAGCAGGAUAUAUUUUAUUUUUCUAUAAAUCAACGUUGUAUAAAUUAAAUAGCACAUACUAUCUAUAAAUAAUGUAGUAUAAACUUAUAUGUAUAUAAUGUAAUAAAUUAGUACGGAAAUAAUAGAUUUUUGAGGCAUAUUGAGACAACAUAGUUUAUCGGAGUGACUGAGUUAUUAUACUUCAUACUACAUCGAUGCAUUUAAGCUGUUCACUUUAUAAUUACAUAUAUAUGUUCAGCGCGUUGUAAGGCGUGGCGCAGAUUACGAAAAGUAGAAGUUUUGACCACGAAUUGGGUGGAUUUAACAAAUAUAUGCGGGACAGAUUACACAGAUGAGUUAGCCUCGAAGUUAGUUCGAGACUUGUGUUAAGAGAUACUAACUCAACGUUACUUAAUUUAAUUAAUAUAUACUUGUAUGUAUAGAUUAUUCAUUCAAGAAUCAGGCCAGUGCCGUGUGGUUCCCGGCACCAAUACAGAAAAGAAUAGGACCACUCCAUCUCUUUCCCAUGGAUGUCGUAAAAGGCGACUAAGGGAUAGGCUUACAAACUUGGGAUUCUUUUUAGGCGAUGGGCUAGCAACCUGUCACUAGUUGAAUCUCAAUUCUAUCGUUAAGCCAAAUAGCUGAACGUGGCCAUUCAGUCUUUUCAAGACUGUCGGCUCUGUCUACCCCGCAAGGGAUAUAGACGUGACGGUAUGUAUGUAAGAAUCAGGCCAAUCAGAGAAAGUGCUUUUUCACAUCACGCCCUGGCCGGGAUUCGAACCCGGACCUCCGGUAUGACAGACAAGCUACCGAGGCAGUCAAAAUGUUGGUCAUGAGGAUAGAUGUAGUCUCUUUAUAAUGCAAAUAAGGCGUGGUUCUCAUAUUUCAUCUAUCGAAGGAAAAAUAUACCGUUGUCUGCUCAGCGCCUUAUAAUGUCGGCAUAAUCAAAACGGGAAAAACAUAUAUUAAUAGCAGUCUUAAUUAGGCGGGUAUAUACAUAGGUUUGAUUUCCACUCUUAACAGUUUUUUCUUUCAUUUAUAUCUAAAGGUUAAUUUAUGUCAAAGCAAUUAUUAGAAAGAUGACAGCAAAUCCCGUGUCAAAAAUAAUAUAAUUAUUGUUUUUAUGUGUCAUAAUUUAAUGUCAUUUAUUAAAUGUUAAGUUUAGUAUACACUUACGUGUUUAUAAGAUACCACGGUUCGGUUCAAUAUGUUUAAUUUGUACUUAGUUGUGAACUGCAUUACGUGGGUAUACUUCCCAAGUUAACGUGGUAGUGAUAAAAACUAUAUGUUCAUACGAAUUUGAUGUAAAAGUAGCUGGUGCAUUGAUUGGAAAGCUUGACGUAGCCUUGGUAAUGUAAUAAAAAAGUAUAAAAAUCACCCCUGUCAAAAAUAUAACAAAAAAAUUAUCUAACAAUAAUAAACGGUUAUUUAUAUUAUGGCAACAUUUAUAUGUACCGUUUUAUUUUAUCGGCCUCCUUUAUGGCGCUGACGAAAAUAUUGUCUUUGAAUAUGCUAAAAUAUCUAUUUUAGAUUUUUGAUUACAGUUUAGAUUUUUUACAAAUUCGUUACUUUAUUAUGUACCUACAUCUUCAAUAUUAAAAUGUAUAUCUUAUUACUUCCUAAUCUAUUUAUUUACCUUUCAUCGUUUGCAACCCUCAUCAUCGAGUUUCGCAACCAGUUGUGAAAAAGGAAUUUAUUUUUUUCCACUAAUAGCGUUGAACUUGGGAAAAUGUACCAGCAGUGAGCAAAUAUAAAUAGAUUCUUUAUAUUUUAUUAUAAGUAAGCUUUUUAUGUCUUGUUGUCAUGUUAUGUGUGUUAAGAUAUUUAGGGUAUAAAACAUACAUACACAUGCAAAGGAAUAGUAAAACAUUGUAAAUAUGCGGCGUGGAAAUUGAUUUGUUUAUUUUGGAUAAAUUAAUUUUCUUUGGUAUGUUUUCACACAUAACUAUUUUGGGAUGGUAUAAUUUAUUUUUUUCUAUAAAAGUAUACUAUAUUUAAGUUUUUACGCCAUUUAAUGUGCUAUAUUUACUACUUACUAUAAGUUUAUUUGUUAACUUUAGAUAUUUCCAUGUUAUUAAGAUGUUUUCAGAAAAUGUCCUACAUAUUUUUCACGCCUCAUACAGGUUAGAUUGUUUUGCAAUUCUAAAUAAUGCCAUAAGUUAUAUUAUAUUUAGUGACACAACAUAAUAGUUUCAAUAAUUAUGCCAAUUAGGUUGAAAUUACUGUAUUUACAUCUCCGUUUGUGACAAAAAUUAUAGCGUGCCAUAUAUCUGUUGUCAAUUAUAUACUUGGUUAAUUUACUGUAACUAUAUUAAUGUACUUACUUUUGUUUUUCAUUUAACAAACAAGUCAAAAACGUUCCGAAAAAGAUAUGUUUCCCUAAGCCUUAGUUACAUCGCGUUUUUAAAAAAUAUACUAAGAUAUUUCAAUAUAAUAUUUAAGCUGGAAUAUGGCAUUUUAAAAGUAAUAUUUUGUAAUGGCGUGAAAAGAUAUGAUUGUAAAUAACAGGGUGUAUUGUUUAAAUAAUAUGAAAUGUGAUUCAAGCAGUUCGAUUUAUUUAUAAUUUUUUGUAAUAAACAAAAAGCCGGCCAAGCGCGAGUCGGAUUCGUGCACGAGCGGUUCCGUAACAUCAACAGGAAAAUGGUCGUUUCUAUCAUUUUAUUAAAAUCUAUAAAAAAAUUGCUUAAAAAUUACGUUGUACUUAAUGUUUUAUAUUAUUUUUUAUUUAGUAUUUUUUGUCAGCCUUCUAGCUAUCACUGUUUAGGAGAUACAGCCAGGUGACAGACAGACAGACAGCGGAGGCUCAGUAAUAGAGUAGACUUUUACCUUUUAGGUACUUCCAAAACUGCUUCAAAAUAAUGAAUUUUGUUCAGUAUAUCUUCUUCUUUCUAUUAUCUUAAGACGUAGCGCAGUGGUAAGCAUGCUUGCUUACCUCCCGAGUCGCAAGAUACGUUUUAAGAUGGGUUUGGACAUGAAAAAUUAUGUUUGUGAGUUCGAAUCAUGCCUAUGAUUUUUAUCUUUAUCUAUGUAUUUGUAACAAAAUAUUUAAUUAACACGCGUACACGUGUAAUUUACAUUGAACCAGUCUUUUGGCAUCAAACAAUUGAUGGGUCUUUUUUAAUUUAGUUUAUUUAUAAUGGCGUGAACGUGACCUAUCAGACUUUUCAAGACUGUUGGCUCUGUCUACCCCGCAAGGGAUAUAGACGUGAUUAUAUGUAUGUGUGUAUAUAUUAUGGGACUAAAGGCUAUGGCCAAUUAAUGUGGAUUUUUUUUUGAAGGCGAUUUGAUGGCAACCUGUCACUAUUUGAAUUUAAUUUCUAUCACUGAGUCACACUGCUGAACGUGGCCUUUUAGUCCUUACAAGACUGUUGGCUCUGUCUACCCCGCAAGGGAUACAAACGUGACUUUAUGUAUGUAUCUUCUUGUCUUGGUCUUGUAUAUUAUAUUAUUAUUAUAUUGUAUAUUUCUUUUUACAUGAUAUAUAUUAAUAAUUAUAACUACAACUAGUUUAUUUAGCGUCUUCCAGCAACUAAUAUCCUUAAAGUUCAUUUAUACGGUAAAGUAAUUGUAAUUCCUUCUUAGUUUCGAUUAGGCUGUGAACAAUCUUGAAUGUGGAUUGAUUGUUAAAUAAUAAAUUAUUACUUAUGUUGCUUUAAC